AUGUCCGAAGCUCUUGCUCAGCGUCUUAAUGAAAUAUCCAAAAUCUCCUCACAAAAGGAUAAAACCGCCGAAUACCGUGCUGCUCUAGACAUAUGCCUCGCAAACUCUGAUCAGAAUGCGUUGGCUAACGAUUUAGAAACUUUCGUUGAUUACAUAGUGCAAGAACACGUUGGUCUUGUGAUCUCGCGCCAAGUUCUAUCAGACUUUGUUCAGGGUGUAGAUAAAAUAGCUGAUCUUGGCAUCAAAAGACGAGUCUUGCAUUUCGCAUUAAAUAAAGUCCAACCGCGUAUAGUCAGUUUUGAGGAACAGAUAUCUACUUUACGUGAGAAGCUGGCUGACAUAUACGAACUUGAGGAAGAUUGGAAAGAAGCUGCUCGCGUAUUACAAGGAAUUCCGUUGGAUUCGGGGCAUCGAACCAUUCCAGAUGACUAUAAACUGAAAAUAUAUAUAAAGAUUGUUCGUUUAUUGCUCGAAGAUGACGAAGCUGUUUCGGCGGAAACGUUUUUAAGUCGUGCUGCUCUGUUGGUUCAUAAUUGCAAGGACCAAGAAAUCCUUUUAACGUUUAAAUUAUCGCAAGCAAGAAUUCUCGAUUUUAAACGUAAAUUUCUUGAGGCCAGUUCUAAAUAUCACGAAUUAAGCUAUGUAUCCGAUUUGCAUCCGGACGAGCAGCAACAUUGUCUAAACGCAGCAAUAACAUGCGCCGUUCUCGCCGGUGCCGGACCCCCACGUUCACGCAUGCUCGCAACGCUUUAUAAAGAUGAACGUGCCCAACGGCUGCCGCACUUUUCCAUACUCGAAAAGAUGUAUCUUGAUCGCGUUCUACGACCAUCCGAAGUUCAAGAAUUCGCGGUUACGUUGAAAGAUCAUCAGCGUGCUGUACUUGCGGACGGCACAACUGUGCUUGAUCGUGCAGUUAUAGAGCAUAACCUGCUGUCUGCCUCUCGGUUGUAUAAUAAUAUAACUUUCGCGGAACUCGGAUCGCUGCUGGCUAUUUCGCCCGAACAAGCCGAACAGAUUGCUAGUUCGAUGAUUGAGCAAGGUCGCAUGCAAGGCACCAUUGAUCAGAUCGAAAGAUUGAUAUUCUUUGAAAGUAGUGGAGCGUUGGGCGCAAAGUGGGAUGCGGCCAUACAGAGUGUUUGUCAUCACGUUGAGGAGGUGGUUAUUGCUAUCGGCACGAGAUACCCUCAAAUAAUGCAGAGGUCGUUGCCAUCUUGA